AUGGGACGGUGCUGGACCACUGCAACGCCGCUAAACUGCACUGGGACACACUUUUCUGGUAGCGUUGGCUCUGCUGCGACAGCCAUUGCCACCACCGCGCAACACCAGCAAAGCCUCCGGCGUCUCUCGGCGCAAACAUCAGAGCCGCAGCUUUUGCAUCACCCAUCCGCUCCGCUGGACUACCCACAGCCGCCCUUCCGCCUUCCCCAACCCCCCUUUCGCAACCGAGCUGCCGAUACCCUGCAACGGCCGCUUCGACGCCUCUCGACUGCUCGUCUCUGGAACCCGACCAAUUCCACGCCACGCGGCGUCGCUUCCUCGUCGUCGACCACACGACAACAACAGCUACGGCCACAGAAACAACACGCCCAGCUGCAGCCUCAACGGCUGCACUCUGGAGUCGCAGGUACAUCCACGGCCCGCCGGCGGGCGCCGUCCACUCCGCCGCCGCCUGCUGUCCCGCUCUCACACCCCGUUCUCGACGGCGAUAAGCCCGUUGCCAGAGACGACCUGGUUGGCACCGGAGCCGCCGACUUUCCGCUCCUUACUCUCCCCGAGCAGCGCCAAAUCCGACACACCUCUUCACCCCGUGCCAGUCUUCAGGUUGAACGUGCUGGAAGCGAGAAGCGUGUGAGCUUGCCGAAAUCCGUCCGCCACUCCUACGAGGGCAAGCGACUCUCUGCUCUCACGAUAGAUGCUGCCGACGACAACAGCGGAGCUGAGCCCGACAUUCUCGCAGCGUCGAGACUGCAAGACAGCAGCCUGAACGACGAGCUUUUCCUUUCCUCGCAACAGCAAAGAGGAAACGACCGCGAAGCAGAAGCAACUGACUCGCCAACACAAGCUUUUGGAUUGACGUUUGAUUCCGCCCCCGGACAGGCAAAGCUAGACAAGGGGAAGAGCAAAGCCACACUGACAGACAACACCAUGGCAUCUCCCGUCGACGAUGAACGCCCAGGAGGAGCGGGUCGUUCCUUUUCGAAGGACCUCGAGCGCGGACCGGAUGUCCUGGGCCACCAUCAUGGCCUCGAAGAGAGCCAGAACAACCGCGACUCCACGGCGUCUCUACCCGAUGGCAUGGGAAUCGGUUCGGCCAUCUCCUCGUCCAACUCGUCCAUCAUGGGCGACCCCGAAGCACAGCCCGACAUUGGCGAAGAAUGGGGCCCGCAGCACCCGUGUUUCCCUCACCGCAACCCGCAUGUGUCCGUCGAUGACCCGGAAUACAUUACGACGCGUAUCAUCCGCAUCCGGCGCGACUGGCUCAUCAUGGGCGACCUGGCACCGACCUUUUCGAACCUCUAUCCUGAGAUCCUCGACCCGGCCGGCAUGAACGAGCCCGAGUUCCGCCGCGUCAUCGACAAGCUGAACCGCGAGUUGACCAUUGCCUUUGAGCCCUGGAGCGCACGAAACAUUGUAGAUGGUGUGCUCGGCCUGGUGACGGGCUGGCUGUGGGAGGACUUUGGCUUCACUGGUGCCAAGGCACGCCUGGCCCGGCUCGAGCGCUGGAUCGAGGCGUGGAACAAGGAGAUGGCACGCACCGCAGACGAAGGCGCGCCGGUUCCUCCCAAGAUUAUUCCGUUACGGCAGACUGGCUACAUGACGCUCGAUAUCCAGAUUGGCGACCCAGAAAUUGCAGCGGUGCCGCCAAGUACACCGGCCAUAUCCCAGUCUGGUCUGCCUCUCGAGGCAACCGUAGCUAGCUAG